AUGAAGCACGGUCGUGUUACGGAACUUCCAGAGGACUUCUGGAUCCCCGUCCCUCUGGACACGGACAACAUCACAGCUUUCAGCCCCUUCCUGAUCCCCCAGGACCAUCUAGCAAGCUCAAGUACCUACUAUGCAAUGGCCGCGUACAUGUUAUUUUUAUUUUUUGCGGGCACCAGCAUCAAUGCGCUUACAGUCGCAUGCACCAUCCAAAACAAAAAGCUCCGGUCCCACCUCAACUACAUCCUGGUGAACUUGGCCGUGGCAAACCUUCUUGUGUCCUGUGUGGGGUCCUUCACUGCCUGCUGCUCCUUUGCAUCGAGAUAUUUUAUCUUUGGAGCACUAGCAUGCAAGAUUGAAGGUUUUGUGGCAACACUUGGUGGUAUGGUAAGCCUGUGGUCUCUUGCUGUGAUAGCGUUUGAAAGAUGGCUGGUCAUCUGCAAACCACUUGGUAACUUUAUUUUCAAGCCUGAUCAUGCUAUAGCUUGCUGUGCAUUUACCUGGGUGUUUGCACUGAUUGCCUCAGCUCCUCCACUGUUCGGAUGGAGCAGAUAUAUCCCAGAAGGCAUGCAGUGCUCCUGUGGUCCAGACUGGUACACCACAAACAACAAAUACAACAACGAAUCCUAUGUGAUGUUUCUUUUCUGCUUCUGCUUUGCUGUUCCCUUGGCCACCAUUAUCUUCUGCUAUGCUCAGCUGCUCAUCACACUGAAAAUGGCAGCGAAGGCCCAAGCUGAAUCUGCCUCCACCCAGAAGGCAGAGCGGGAGGUGACCAGGAUGGUGGUCGUCAUGGUGCUGGGCUUCCUGGUGUGCUGGUUGCCUUACACCUCCUUUGCUCUUUGGGUCGUCAAUAACCGAGGGCAGCCUUUUGACCUGAGAUUUGCUUCUAUACCAGCUGUCUUUUCCAAGUCUUCUACAGUCUACAACCCAAUCAUCUAUGUUCUCCUCAACAAACAGUUCCGCUCAUGCAUGAUGAAAAUGCUGGGGAUGGGUGGAGGUGAGGAUGAAGAGUCGUCGACACAGUCAGUGACUGAAGUCUCCAAAGUUGGACCUGCUUAG